UAUUAUUUACACCUUUUUCACCCCAAUCAGAGAAAAGCUAGGGUUUGCGACUUUCCCUUUUCCGAAUCCAAAUCAGAAUCCAAUCAAUCGGCGAUGUCGUCGGCGAAGAAGAUCACCCUGAAGAGCUCGGACGGCGAGGCGUUCGAGGUGGAGGAGGCGGUGGCGCUGGAGUCGCAGACAAUCAAGCACAUGAUCGAGGACGAUUGCGCCGACAGCGGAAUCCCUCUCCCUAACGUCACCAGCAAGAUCCUGGCCAAGGUAAUCGAGUACUGCAAAAAGCACGUCGACGCCGCCAACCCCGACGACAAACCCUCCGAAGAGGAUCUCAAGGCUUGGGACACGGAUUUCGUCAAGGUCGACCAGGCCACGCUCUUCGAUCUCAUCCUGGCUGCGAACUACUUGAAUAUCAAGAGCCUGCUGGACCUUACAUGCCAGACUGUAGCAGACAUGAUCAAGGGGAAGACUCCAGAGGAAAUUCGCAAGACCUUUAAUAUCAAGAAUGACUUUACUCCAGAGGAAGAAGAGGAAGUUCGUCGGGAAAACCAAUGGGCAUUUGAAUGAUUUUGUUAAGCUCAUAAAAUCUGAAUCAAAGAUCUGCCAUGUGGAUUUAUGCUAUAUGCUUGUUUGUUUAUCAAAGAUCGUCCAUGUAGAUUUACCUAUGCUAUAUACUUGUUUAUUUUAUAUUUCAGACUCUUUCUGUUGACUGUGUUUAUGGGUCAGAAUUAUCUUUCUUCAUGAACUUAAGAGCACUUUGAAUUGUAACUUGUAAGUAAUAGUUAUGAUGAAGGGAUGCGGUGAUUCUGACACAAGGGUUAUCGAUUUCAAUAAUAGCCAACCAUUGGUUCUUAA